AUGGGGGUAUCAUUUCAAAUACUUUCUGACCUACACCUGGAAACCCACUCUUCGUAUGGAGGCUUCAGUUUUGCUCAAACUGCAUCGUACCUUGCCCUUCUUGGGGACAUUGGGCACGUUGCUAACAACGAACUAUUUUCAUUCCUUGAAUAUCAACUCAGCCGGUACUCGAUUGUCUUUUUUCUUCUGGGAAACCAUGAGCCGUACCACGUUUCGUUUAAGGUCGCGAAGUCCAAGAUGCGCAGUUUCCAGACAUCCAUGGAUAAAAGAUCCCAGGGCAAAUUUGUCUUCCUUGACCAAACCCGAUACGACAUUACCAGAGACCUGACCGUUCUGGGAUGCACAUUGUUCUCGCGUAUUUCUCCGCGGCAGGAGUUUGCGGUUGAAAGUCGCUUGGUGGACUUCAGAGAUAUCCUACGGUGGACUGCGGACGAUCACAACGCGGAGCACGAAUCAGAUCUCCACUGGCUUAAUACCCAGGUUUCUGGGAUAGCGAAGAAUGAGCCACAGCGGCGGAUUGUGGUUUUUACUCACCAUAGCCCAACCGUCGAUCCACGGUGUUCGGACCCAAGACAUACUGGCAGCGAGGUGUCUACGGGCUUUGCCACAGACUUGAGCAGCGAAGAAUGCUGGACGAACUCUGCGGUUGUGGCAUGGGGAUUCGGUCAUACACACUUCAACUGUGGUUUCAAAGAUGCGACUGGGAAAGAGCUGAUAUCGAAUCAAAAAGGUUAUCGUUUGUUUCCUGCAAAGGGCUUCAAUCCAGAAAAGCCAUUUACAAUAGGAGAAGCUGGAUAA